AUGCAAUUUGUUGCAACAUUGAUUAUCAUAUUAUUAAUCUCCAAUUCAAAUGCUAAUAAGAUGGCUGAAACACUUGAUAUAUCAAAAGUUUUAGAUGAUGAAAUGUUUAAAUCUGAAGAUAGAAAGGAAGAUGGUGUAUCAUUUAUGAGGAUAUUUCCAAAGGAAGGUUAUUUAAUCUCAAAGAUAAUUCAAGAUUAUAAUUUCAUAUGGCAAAGGCUUUCUUAUAAACAAGAAUGUAAAUAUGUAGACUUAUAUAAAAGAAAUGAUAAACCAUUUCUUAUAGCAAUUUUAGUUAUGAAACCAAAUGAAGAGACUAAUCUUUAUUUUAUGAAUACAAUUUCUACAUGGGCUUCUAUAUCAUAUAAAGAAUUUAUAAAUUCAAAAUCCAGAGAUCCAAAUUUCUCUGGUUCUAUUCCAGAAGAAAUUAAGAAAUCUUCAUUCAAAACAUUGGGCCUCAAUUAUACUAUAAUUAUGAUAAUUUUUACUCUGAGUUUAUAA